AUGGCUGAUCAAGAACUCGUCUCUCCGCCCUUCGAUAGCGUGUCGGCCGUCCGCUUUUCUCCACACGACCCCUCACAUCUUCUUGUAUCGUCUUGGGACACGACAGUCCGGUUCUACGAUGUCACGAAAAACGAACAACGCGCAAAGUUCGACCACCGCGCGGCCGUGCUGACCACAUGCUGGUCGGACGCGAACCAUGGUUUCAGUGGAGGGCUGGAUACUUCGGUGCGAGAACUCGACCUUGAAACGGAAAGGGUGAGCCAUCUUGGCCAGCACUCAGACGCGAUCUCGAGCAUGAACUGGGCCCGCGAACAAAAUGCGCUCGUGACAGGCUCCUGGGACCGCACGAUCCGCUUCUGGGACCCGCGCGCAGCAAACCAGGAGCAAGCGACGCACAAGCUCCCUGAAAGGAUUUACCACACCGACUUGGUGAGCAACAUACUCGUCGUCGCGAUGGCGAGCCGCCUGUUCCACAUCUACGACGUGCGCAAGAUGGACGCGCCGGCACAGACGCGGGAGAGCAGUCUGAAAUUCAUGACACGCGCGCUCGCGUGCAUGGCGGACGGCCAAGGGUACGCGACGGGUUCGGUGGAGGGGCGUAUCGCGGUGGAGUACUUCGACCCGAGCGCCGCGGCGCAGGAGAAGAAGUACGCGUUCAAGUGCCACCGGCAGACGAUUGACGACGUCGACCAUGUGUGGCCCGUGAACUCGCUCGCCUUCAACCCCAAGUUCAACACGUUCGCAUCCGCCGGGUCGGACGGGACGGUGUCGAUCUGGGACCACAAGUCGAAGAAGCGACUGCGGCAGUACCCGAAGUACAACGCACCGGUCCCGUCGGUCGCGUUCAACUGCGACGGCACGAAGCUCGCGGUCGGGGUCAGCUACACGUGGGAGGAGGGCGAGGAGGGCGCGAAGACGGCGGGACGGCCGGCUGUGUGGAUCAAGACGGUCGGGGAUGAGGUCAAGCCCAAGGGAUGGACGGGGAGCUAG